UCCCUUGUAUAUUUGACCCGACUGGGCAUGAAAAGAUGUCUCUACGCUGCGGGGACGCCGCCCGCACCCUUGGGCUCUGGGUGAGCCGCGGGGCAAAUCUUCAAGAUUUUGUUUCUGGUGCUCUUGCCGACAAAAGCACCUGGGAUGAGUACAAAGGAAACUUAAAACGCCAAAAAGGAGAAAGGUUAAGACUGCCUCCAUGGCUGAAGACAGAGAUUCCCAUGGGAAAAAAUUACAAUAAACUGAAAAAUACUUUGAGGAAUUUAAAUCUCCAUACGGUAUGUGAGGAAGCCCGAUGUCCCAAUAUUGGGGAGUGUUGGGGAGGUGGAGAACAUGCCACUGCCACGGCCACAAUCAUGACUUUUGCAUGUUCAUGUUUUUCUUGGCAAAGUUCUGAAGAUUACUGUGUUGAAGCUGAUACUGGGAAUCCAAAAAUCCUAGUGGAAUGUCUCACGCCUGAUUUUCGAGGAGACCUUAAAGCUGUAGAGAAAGUUGCUCGGUCAGGAUUAGAUGUGUAUGCACAUAAUGUAGAAACAGUUCCAGAAUUACAAAGGAAAGUUCGUGAUCCCCGAGCCAAUUUUGACCAGUCUCUACGUGUACUAAAACAUGCCAAGGAGGUUCAUCCUGAUGUUAUUUCUAAAACAUCUAUAAUGUUGGGCUUAGGUGAGAAUGAUGAGCAAGUUUAUGCAACAAUGAAAGCACUUCGUGAGGCAGAUGUGGACUGUUUGACUUUAGGACAAUACAUGCAGCCAACAAAACGCCUCCUCAAGGUUGAGGAAUAUAUUACUCCUGAAAAGUUCAAAUACUGGGAAAAAAUAGGAAAUGAACUUGGAUUUCAUUAUACUGCAAGUGGCCCUUUGGUGAAUUUUUCCUGA